ACACACGGAAGCUCCUUGGCCCCCGUGCCAGGAUGUCCGACACCUGGGUCCCCGGCCUCAUACCCACCUUGCUGCUCGGCCUGCUGGCCGGCCCCCAACAGGCUGCAGCCAAAUGUGGACUCUUCUUCACCUGCCCCAAAGGAUUCAAAUGCUGUGGUGACGACUGCUGCCAAGAAUAUGAGCUAUUCUCCAGUCCCCUGAGGAUCUUCGUCAUCACCUUCCUCAUCAUUCUGCCCCUUUUGUGCGUCUGCUGCCUGGCUAAGCGGUUCUGUCGCAGCUGUGGAGAACAGGAGCAGGGCCCCCCAGUGGAUCACCAGGGGCCCCCGGAGCCACCCUCCAUUGCCCCCCCAGAGAGGGUCACGACGCCCACCUCUGAGCCCCCGCCCCCCUACAGCGAGAUUAUUCUGAAGCCUGUCCUGCCCCCCAUGGAGCCACCCCCUCCCUACAGCUUCAGUCCUGAAGAAUAUGCUGGGGUGCACCGACAACCCAGGGGCAUCGACAACCCAGCCUUCUGAGCCCCCGCCUGCCUGCAACUGCAGUGUCAGCCCCUCCUCUCCAACGCCGCCUCCAUUAAGCCAGAGACUCUUGGGACCCCUGUGAUGCCCCCACCCAUCCUGCCAUGUCUUGGGCUGUUCUUGGUUUUAACUUAUUGCUUUUCCUGUCCCGGUUCCACUUCAGUUGCUCUCGUCCCGAGGGCUGGUCUGGAGGGUCAGCGUCCUCCCAUCCCCACCCCAUCCCACGUCAGAAGCUGCCAGGAGGGACAUGUGAACACCUGAGGUGCCUGACGGUGGAAUGGGCUCCUCUGAGAACCCUGUUUCUGUGGGGUAUACACCUCUUGCCUGGACAGCCAGCUCCGAGAUAUUCUAGAGAGCACUCCUGUUCUGUGGGAGAUUGGACUGCAUGGGCUCCGAGGUCUACCUGAAUAGAGAAGACCCCAUUGUACCCCUCCACACACAUGUGUCCUCACUAAA